CGCUGCUCUCUGCGACAGAUCGGAGCGCAGCGAAACGGAACCGACUGGAUCGGGGAAGGUUGAUUGCUUCAUCCUCAUUAAACUUGCUGCACUGAUUCACCAGCAUCAAAGGACAGCAGCUCUUGUGGUUUUUCACUUCCAGCAGAUUUAUUCUUAACUCUGUAGAACGGAAUACAGAGAUGCACGGCACCGGAGCAGAGACGGCCCCGGAGGUUUCAGCCGCCGCGAGUUUUGUUUGCAGACUAUUGCGCAGUCGCGGACGCUUGAGUGACGCGCAGCUACACGUUUUUAGAGACUGUCUCGCGCAGGCGCUAUCAGAACACUACCAGCACCACUGGUUCCCCGACAGGCCGCAGAAGGGAUCCGGUUACCGCUGCAUUCGGAUCAAUCACGAAAUGGACCCUCUGAUUGGCCGAGCGGCCGGUCGAAUCGGACUGACCAGCGGGCAGCUUUUCUCGCUCUUGCCGCGGGAGCUGACGCUCUGGGUCGACCCGUACGAAGUGUCGUACCGCAUCGGCGAGGACGGCUCCAUUUGCGUACUCUACGAGGCCGAGCCGCCCGUCUCAAGCCCCGCCCCCUCGGCGUACGACCAGACGGCGAACUGCAAAAACCGCUUCAUGAUGAGCGGCCGCACAAGUCCACCCAAAAACUACCUGAUGAUGGUGUCCAGCUGAACGCAGACUAGUACCGCGCCUGACCGACCAACCGCCGAGAGUUUACCGUUCCUGUGACUUCACAUUUCAGGCCUUUAUCUCAGAUUAACUUUAAAGCACUGGUUGUUGCGCGACCGGAUGAUAUUUUGGCACUGUUCCGUGUGGCUCUUGUUUAUUUUUACAAUCCCAAAACAGGUUUUGGGUGUUUUCACUGGUGCUCGCACACGGUUUCAGUGCAAUUACGAUGAUACCUCACGAAAAUGUAAAGCAAUUAAGGGCCUGAAACGGGCUUUGCGCAAACCUUUUAGCCACUUGACUUCAGAUUUCUGUACGUUUGCAAACCUCAAUCAUGAUGAUAAUAAUUAAACAUGUUUGCGUUUUGCUUGCUAUAGCGCCACCUGUGGUGACUUUGAGAAUGCAACAUAUUUGCGUUCAGGCCUAAAACUGUGGUGGUGCUUCAUAAUUUCUCCAGGAGCUGCUAACAAGAGGGACGCCACGUGAACAAACUCCCAUAAUGCCCUCUGCCUUAACCACAGCGCCACCACUCCCUUAAUACACGUCACUGCCUGGCUCUUUAAGUCUUACUGUGCAAUAUUCAGGCAAUACGCUCUGUAACUUCCUCUGGUGAAUGUCAUGAAAUGAGUCGCACGGACCGGAGGCUCCACCGCUGGCGUCUCUAGUGGAAGUGAUGGUAUUUUCCCAGAAUGCUUUGUGUGUGUUGGUUGGUUUCGGGCGGGAGUGCCAGCAGAGACUCUCGUCUGUAGCAUCCCGCGGGCUGCUGAGCAGCUCAUUUACUGGUUUAGAUGUAGUUUGUAAGCUAUUUUGAAGCAGGGUUGCUUUUAAUGUACAUUUUUUAAAUGCAUUUGUGCAGAUAUAGAGCUGUACAGUCGAUUUUUAUUACAAUAAACCUUUUAUGAAUGAAA